AUGGAAUUAAUGCUCAAGUUGAUUAGCACAUUUCUAUUUUUUUCCCCCUUCAAAUCACAUUCCCCUUUUCUGAUUUCAAUUGAAUCUGCAGCUCUGGAGAAGCUAUUAGAAAAUUACGCUGGAAAAUAUGCCACGGGGAAUGAAGUUUUCCUGGCUGAUUUGUUUCUGGCACCCCAGAUUGAUGGUGCAGUCAGAAGAUUCAAUGUUGACAUGAGUGAAUAUCCUAUCCUAUCGAGGAUUAACGAGGCGUACAAAGAACUCCCUGCUUUUCAAGAUGCUAUGCCAGGAAAGCAACCUGAUACGCCACCAGAGGCUAGAGCCUGAGCACUUAGCUGUGUCAGGAUUCUAGGAUGGAGCACAAUUUCAUUAAGCUGGCAGAGCAGAAAGAGUGACCAGAAGGAAAGAAAUAAUCCAUAAUAUAUUGUUCAUUAGUAAUUCACACUCACUUAUGGUGCUAUUGGUGUGUUAUUUAAGUGCUGAAAGAUGCUUUAUGUAAAAUAUAUGUUACUGUUUAGUUUCAUGAAUAAGAUGCAUUAUCCUAUAUACAUCAUGUGGUUUCAGAAUGAAAA